GAAGGAGGUGUGAGAGGCAUGCCGCUGGGUAUUGAUUGCUGAAACUCUAACCACACCAGACACCCCACAAAAACCCCACACAAACACUCUUGGGAAGGGCUCAGAACCUGCAGCACCAUGCCUUCCAUGCAGGAGAGAAUAGUGACUACUUUCCCAGAUCUUUUACACCUGUUUAUUGGAUUCAUCUUCGCGUGUGGGCUACUGAAAGCCAUUCAGUUGUACUGGAAGAAGAAGAAGCUCCACAAGAUCUUCAAGAGUUUCCCAGGCCCUCCAGGUCACUGGCUUCAUGGAAACAACAGAGAGGCCAGUCGAGGACAAGAAUUAGGCAAGGUCUUGGAAUGGGCAGAAAAAUACCCCUAUGCCUACCCUAGAUGGUUGGGUGGCUUUAUGGUUUCUUUACUAGUCACCCAUCCAGACUACGCCAAAGCUGUGUUUGGUCGUGGAGACCCCAAGUCUAUGUCCACCUAUAGUUUCUUGGUCCCCUGGAUUGGAAAAGGGCUUUUGGUCCUACAUGGACCAAAGUGGUUUCAGCACCGCCGACUGUUAACCCCAGGAUUCCACUAUGACAUUUUGAAACCUUAUAUAGCACUGAUUGCAGAUUCAACCAAAGUGAUGCUGGAUAAAUGGGAGAAGCUGAUUGGUGAGGAUGCUGUAAAGUCUCUGGAGAUGUUUGAACAUAUCAGCUUGAUGACUCUGGACAGCAUCAUGAAAUGUGCAUUCAGUUCCCAGAGCAGCACCCAGUCUAACAGAGAUUUAGAUUCUUACAUCAAAGCUGUUUAUGACCUGACCUAUCUGACAUCUUGGAGAGUCCGUAACGUCUUCUAUCAGAAUGAUCUAAUUUUUCGAUGCAGUUCAGUUGGGCGUCGUUUCCUGGAAGCCUGCAGAUUGGCCCACCAACAUACAGAAAAAGUAAUAGAAGAAAGAAAGAAAUCAUUCAAGGGGGAAGCAGAACUUGAAAAAAUUAGAAAGAAACGGUACUUGGAUUUUCUGGAUAUUCUUCUUUGUGCCAAGGAUGAAAAUGGAGUUGGGUUAUCUGAUGAAGAUCUGCGUGCAGAGGUGGACACAUUCAUGUUUGAAGGCCAUGACACCACAGCCAGUGGGCUCUCCUGGACCCUAUAUGCAAUGGCUCAGAAUCCAGAGCACCAGCAGCGAUGCAGGGAGGAGAUAAUGCACACCCUGGGGGAUCGAGACACAGUGCAGUGGGAUGACCUGGGAAAGAUUCCUUACACCACUAUGUGUAUUAAGGAGAGUCUACGUCUUCACCCUCCAGUUCCUGCAGUUUCCCGGCAGCUUAGCAAAUCCAUAACCUUUUGUGAUGGACGCACCUUGCCUGAAGGUACUCUGGUAACAAUUCACAUUUAUUGUAUCCACCGAAACCCAAGCGUGUGGCAAGACCCAGAGGUAUUUGAUCCCACAAGGUUCUCAUCAGAGAAGUCCUCCCAGAGGCAUUCUCAUGCCUUCGUGCCUUUUGCAGCUGGGCCAAGGAAUUGCAUUGGACAGCAAUUUGCCAUGAAUGAGAUGAAAGUGGCUCUUGCCCAAAUCCUGCUCCGGUUUGAAAUCUUGCCAGAUCCAGCAAAGCUUCCUAUUCCAGUGUCCCAGGUCGUCCUGAAGUCCGCGAAUGGAAUACAUCUGUUGCUAAAGAAACUCAACUGAAUUAGAGUGCAAUCCCAUAGACAGAAGAACCCUCCUUCGAUCCUAUGCUCUGUCCGCCAGAGGCAGGCAGGGCGGGAGGAAUGGCAGAGGCUUUUCUAACCUCCCAUUCCUCCAUUUUGUUGAUUAGAGCUGGAUCCAUCCAUCUCACAUGCUCACCCAGGGAACAGGGGAUGAUGGGGUUUGUGGAUGUGAUGUUUGUACAUCCUCUCUCUUCCCUCCCUUCCCCAUCCACUGGCAUUCCCCCUUUAACCCCCUCUGGCCUCCUCUGAGGACAUUGUUGCAUCCUUGGAAGAAAAGCUGCCCAAAGUAGUUUUCAACAGUGGGGUGCGAGGGGUAUGGUGAUAAAAUCCCUACAUGGAUUUCCCCUCCUCUGGCAUGUCUAUGGCCUUGAGAGAGGAAAUCCACUAUGGUCCCUGGGACGUUCUCCCAAGGACCAGAGGAUUGCUCUGAUAGCAUUGUUUGUUCUUAGAUUGAAAUGCUUUCUGUAAAACACCAAGCUCCAGGGGAUUCUUUGAACCUGAGGGUUCGCCCUGCACCCCCUCCUUUGGCUAUGAAAGCUCCACUUCUCUGAGAAGCAGAUGUGUCAGGCACCAGCCUUGCUGUAGGGCCACUUAAGCUCACAGCUGGCUCCAGACGCUUGGUGGAGCAACAUUCCAAGCCCACUUCUUGCUAGUUUGCCACCAGGCAUCCAGCUUUCUUGUGUAAUCUUCAGCUUCACAGUGAGCUGUUUUGGGAUGGGCGAACUUACUCGGGCCCAUCUCAUGCAAUGCUCACCAGACCCCACAUGAGCUGCUGGAUGGUUUGUGCAUGCCCAGUGAGCAGUGUGUGGCUUCCUGGUGCUCUGCCAGCUGCUACUUUCCACAAAAUGGUGGCUGAGUGAUUUAUGUGAAUCACUGUUUUGUGCAAAUGGCAGUCAUAAAUAGGGCCAUUGAUGCAAACAGGCGUAAAUGGUCUAAUUAGAUAUUUACACCUGUAAUUUUGUGUAAAUGGCUCUAUUACAGCCAUCAUUUCACACAAAAUGGUGACCUUUUGAGCAAAAUUGCUCUGACGGAGUGGUGGGGAUCCCCAUGCUUGCCUGACUGAGUCAGAUAAGCAUGAGGGUCCAUGGACUGUAAUCUAGGGGGUCGAGCUGGUGAGAACCCACCCAUGUCCACCCCCAAACCAGUCUCCUUUGCUGUCCCUAGAGUUGUCUGUGGUCUUGACCUUUGAUGGCCAUGCCUGGAGUCUUGAUGUUUUUUGCCAGUGAAUGCUUUGCUCUUGGUAUGCUCCUGGGUUUCAACCCAGGGCAGCAUAUAAUCAUAAAGCGGGAGGAAAACUUAGAGGUCAUGUAGCCCAACCUUUUGUUCAUGCAGGAACUCCACUACUACAGUAUCCCUGAUUAGUGCCAUCCAGCCUCUGCUGAAAAAGUCUAUUGAAGGAAAGAGAAAACUAUUCCUUCCUCCCCCCCACCACAAGUUCUAUAAUUCCACAUCUAAUAUUCAUUAAAAUUAAGAGAAGGGUGCUCUCUGCAUGGGAUACAACUUUUCAGUAUUUCAAGAAAUAAAUAAAAUGUAACCAGUGUACCUUAAAGCCUUUCAACUUACACAGGCCAUGAUAUCCCCCCACCCACCCCACCCACCCCAGAUAUCUAUCCUAAACCUGUUGACUGUACAAUCUUAUUGAAAGCUUUUCUGAGUCAAUAGAAUCACCCAGGAACAUGUGUGUGUCUGCAUUCUAGACCCCUUUUUCUGAAACGAAGCCCUAUUGAACCCAGUAGGUCUUACUUCUGAGUAAAAGUACAUAGGAUUGCACUGAAAUCAUGUAAUAUUGUAAAGGAAAACAACUAGACUGUGAUGGAUUAUGUAGUUAGGCUGAUAUCAGGGAAUACAAAAAUCUGAAUGCCAAAGAGCCUUGGAGGCCCAAGUAGUUCAGAAGGGUAAUCCUAUUUAGCACGGAUAUGAGGACAAUGGACAUCUGGAAUAAAGGGACAUCUGCCCCUUAUGCUUGGAACGCUCUUCCAGAACAUUUGCGAACUACAAGUUCAAUCACAGUUUUUAAAGCUCAGCUAAAAACUUUUCUUUUUUCUAAAGCUUUUAGGACUUGAUUUUGAUCUUACUUUUAUACUCUUAGUUUUACUCUAUCCUGUGCCUGUUUGCUGCAUUCUCUUCCCCUUCUUAUUGCUUUAUUAUGAUUCUAUUAGAAUGUAAGCCUAUGCGGCAGGGUUUUGCUAUUUACUGCUUUACUCUGUACAGCACCAUGUACACUGAUGGUGCUAUAUAAAUAAAUAAAUAAAUAAAUAAAUAAAUAAAUAAUAAUGUUCACCACCUCCUGAGGCAUGAUUGUUCCACUGUUAAACAGCUUGUACAAUCAGGAACUUCUUCCUGUUAAGUCUAAACCCUUAUCUUGUAAUUUGAACCCACUGAUUUGGGUCCUACCGUCUGGAACAACAAUAACAACAAUAAUCCAAGACAUUUGCUUCAUCAUCUAGUGACAGCCCAAUCAUAUCACCUCUUAAUUAUUUCUUUUCCAGUCUAAUGAUACUCACUCUUGCCUUCCAUUGACAGAAGAGCUCUGCUCAUGGAAAGUGUGUCUGCCUGACUUUUGCAGAUCCCCCAUUCCCCACACCCUUUCAGCAAGGACCUCCAACCCUCUUCAUCGCAUUUUGGGGGUGGGGAAUGCUGUCAGGAGGGUGGGGGGAGCCUGCUUCUGCCAGCCCAGUUGCACACAUUGAAACCUGGAUCCCUUUCAAGCAAUAAAUAAA